CCGGGAACUUCGAGACCCAGCCGCGGGGGCCUGCGGAGACGUUCCUGGCGGCGCCGCCAAGCAGGCCAGCGUCUCGGGCCGGAGCGAGGGAGCGCGGCGGGGAGAAGCCGCGCCAGGCUGCAGGGUCGCCGCGGCGCGCUGCUCGGAGGGACACCCGGGGCUGCGCCGCGCGGCCGCGCGCGAACCGGACGGCGGAAUACACGUCGGCCAGCAUGGACCGCUUCGCGCUGGAGCCGCUGCUGCUGUCGCUGCGCGGGCUCAGCUUCCCGGGCCUGGCCCUGGCCGGGCUCCUGCUGCUCCUGGUCCUGUGUCUGCGCGCGCGGCGCACCAGGAGACCUGGUGAGCCUCCACUGAUAAAAGGCUGGCUUCCUUACUUAGGGCAGGCCCUGAAAUUACAAAAAGAUCCCAUAGGUUUCAUGAGAACUCUUCAAAAGCAGCAUGGUGACACUUUCACUCUUCUCCUUGGAGGAAAGUACAUAACAUUUAUUCUGGAUCCUUACCAGUACCCGUUCGUGAUGAAAAAUCACAAAUUAAGCUUUAAAAUGUUUAUUAAGAAUAUAUUAAGGAAAGCAUUUUCCAUCCAAAUGGACAUUAUCAGUGACCUGAACAAUGAACUUCAUGACUGCUAUCAACUUUUACAAGGGAAAUCGUUGGACAUACUGAUGGAAAACAUGAUGCAGAAUCUACAAGAAGUUUUUGAACCCCACCUAUUUAAAACCACAAAUUGGGAUGUGACACACCUGUUGACAUUCUGCACCUCGGCCGUAUUUGAGACCACAUUUGCAACCAUAUAUGGAAAAUUCCUUGCUACUGAUAGGAAGAAACUUAUUACUGAACUUAAAGAUGAUUUUUUAAAAUUUGAUAACAAAUUCGUACAUUUAAUAUCAGAUGUACCCAUUGAGCUUCUAGGAAAUACCAAGUCUAUUCAGAAGAAACUCAUAAAACGCUUGACAUCAGAAAAGUUAGCUAACAUACAGGGAUGGUCAGAAAUUGUUCAAAUGAGGCAACAUAUCCUGCAGAAAUAUUAUACAUUCAAGGACGUUGAAAUAGGAGCACAUCAUUUAGGCUUUCUCUGGGCCUCCGUGGCGAACACUAUUCCAGCUAUGUUCUGGGCGAUGUAUUACCUUCUACGGCACCCAGAAGCUAUGGCAGUGCUGCGUGACGAAAUUGACCAUUUGCUGCUGUCAACAGGUCAAAAGCAAGGGCCUGGAUUUUCCAUCCACCUCACCAGAGAACAAUUGGACAGCCUGGUCUACCUAGAGAGCACCAUUCUCGAAGCUUUACGCCUGAGCUCAUUUUCAAGCAUCAUUCGUUUUGUUGAAGAGGAUUUGACUCUACCUUCAGAGACUGGGGACUACCUUCUGCGCAAGGGAGACCUGUUAGCCAUCUUUCCUCCGCUCUUACACCAUGACCCCGAAGUCUUUGAAGCUCCGGAGAUGAGAUUGAGACAGCUUCGUGGCUUCAAUUUUUCCUUCCAAUGGGAAAAUUUUCCUGUUUACUAAGGAUCUCCCUUUUGAAAUUUUUGUGACCUACAAGUAGAAACACAAAUGAUGAGACUCAAUGCUAGGUUCUUCAAAUGAAAUGGACAUUGUACCUUGGCCAUGAUUACCUUUAGGCCAAAAUUAGGUUUCUCUUGGCAGAGAAUUAUUGAAAACCAUAGAAGGCAAGCUAUUGACAGAUAGCUUAGAAAACAAAUAAUGAUGAAUAUUUUGCUAAGUGUUUCCAGAAUGGGGUUGAUAUCCCAAAGUCAAAUACCAUCAUAGCUGUAGUUAAGCCCGUAUACUUUUUCACCUCUUACUAAAGAUAUGUGCCCCUUCUUGAUCAAUUAGGAUGGCAUUAUGAACUUGAGAUUGUAAAGCUGCUGCUCACAAGUGAGGCUUUGAGGGUAAUUGUGUCAUCUCCUUGUAUUUUUUUCCAAAGCUGGAGUUAAUGAAUAUCAAAGACUGGAAAUUAAUCUACCCUGGCUCAUCUCUUAAUACCAUUUCAGAGGUUCGCCACCUGCAUGCAAAUUGAAUGCAGUCAUAGUCUGCCUGUGUUUCUCAUGAAGUAAUGCUGUUGCUGCAGUGGGUUUUGUAUAUAAAAUGCCAUUUUUCAAAGCAAAACUUCCAUGCUCUUUUUGAGCAGUUCAAAAGCUGAAUCACUUUCAAACCCAGUUUCUCAGUGAGAGGUCUUGCAGCCAGGCUGGAUAAGAAUAUUGUUGAAUUUUGGAAACCAAUAAGAGGACAGACUUCAAAUACAGUGAGAUAAUUUGUAUUGAUUUCAUCAGCAAAGCAAAAUUUUUUAGGUGAGGGGAGAAUGUACUUAUGGUUUCUAUGUAUGUCAGAAAAGGCACUAAAUGAAUGAUGAUAGCAAGUCAGAAGUAGGGUCUUAGUGAGAAAUGAACGUUUUGCAGACAAGAAGAUUUAUUUCCACAUUGGUAAAUAUCAAAAUUUUUAUACAUAAGUAGAUAGUUAAUCAGUAGGGCAAAAUAAGUAACUAAUAUUUGAAAAAUAUUUUUAAAUUUUUAGUUUUGUUUCUAAUUACAAGUUUUUAAUUUAAUUAACAUUAUUUUUAUUACAUGAUUAUUCCACUAGUCAUUAAGUUUACUAUUCAUGUCACAAUAGUAAAAUCAAUAUGAAAGUUAUCAACCGAUACUCAAUACAUGUUUGCCAAAUCACUGGUGUUUUUAUGGUACUGUUCUUUGGGUUCCUCCUGUCACCCACCCGUGACCCUGCCCCCAUGAUGGAAAAGACCGUGAGUUAGACUUUCAGGAACUUAAAAAUCAAAGUUAAAUAUUGAACAUAUGCUGAUAUAUAUUUAUAUUCUAGUAUUUCUGUACAAUACUAAAUAGCAGUGCCCAAACUGUACCUAAUAAAUUGACCAAUCUUAAGAGGAAUCAGAAAGGUUUGCCUCAUACCAAAUCUGGAGAAGAACAAAAUCGCCAUAUUGUGAGUACUGAGUCUAACUUAAGCUCUGAGUUAAGUUGAUGAGCACUCUCUGUUAGUUCCUAGACCUAACAUUACCCAGUUGCACCCGACUAAUGGUAAAAUUAACUAGCUAAUUUUUUGCCACGGUAUUGUUGUCUUGAAAUUAGUUGUGGAAUGCUAAUUAUAGUUCAGAACCAUUUUUACAUGAUUUGGUAAGGUCCUGUGUAAUCAUUCAUUCUAUAAACAUUUACUGAGCAUUUACCACUGUCAGGCAUAUAGACUGAUUCCUUUUGUUUUUAACAAUUUAAGGUAGCAGUAAGAUACUAUAGAUGCCCAUCCAAAUACAACCAUGCACUGGCAGUAAAGAAGCAAAGUCUGUCCUUGGCCAUUUGUCACUCAGAUCCCUGAACUCAGAUGAAUCUCAUCCGAGGUUCAUAUUCCCCACUUCCUGUCUUUUGACAUCUACAGAUCUUGCAUGGGAACACCAAGUCUUAGAUGUAAAAAAACAGGCAAUAGCUGUUGGGUCAAAAACUUGAGGAAGAUUAUCUCCAGAUGUCAGUAUAGUGAUUCCCGGGGCCCCUAGAGACUAAAUAGCCUUAGCAGAACACAGCUUCUCUCAUCCCAACGAGGCAUGCUUUCAGGAUGUUCAGAACGAAGACACUGUGGAAUAUUACAUUCCCAAAAAAGGACAUGGGCUUCCUUCACUCAUCUCUCUAUUCCUGAAUGUCCCUCCUUGUCCCCUCAUGGGGUUACAGGUUACCCACAAGAAUCACCCUGAGUCACCUCUUUUUUGACCGUGUCCCUGAUUCUCACUUUGUUCCUCAGAGAAGGUACCGCCGUCCCCUCUAUGGCCUGUGUGUACCUUCUGUUUGUUUUAUGAUGGUGCGGACCACGUGGCAUUUUGCAAUUACUUUUGUUGACUUGUCUGUGCUCCCAUCUGCUGUAAGCUCAGAAGGGGAAUGCCCUGUCACAGCGUCCUCUGCCUCCUCGGUGCCGAGCACACAGGAGGUUGUCCAUAGCAGGUGACUAGAUAAGGAGGUGCUGGGGUGGAUGAUUGUACUGAAAGUGAAAAUACACUCCAGAUAAAAUUUUAAGUCACCACAGAUAUUGCACAUUCACAUAUGUCCUGGGCCUGACUACGUCAAAUAGAUGAAGUGGCUUGUGUAUAAAUAGAGCAGUGCUAGCAGGAGUGGUGAGAGCUACGGCAAAACUUGGGCGAUUUCUGAACUAGUCCUCAGCUCUGACAAGCAUAUAGACCUGGUAUGGCCCAGUUGUGUUUUUUGUUCUUUUGGUUUUAACUCAGAAAACAGAUUUCUGGGCAUUGCUUGGAAUUUUUUAAUGUUUGGAAAAAUACAGCUUAAAACACAAUGUGGGCUAAACUAAAAGUGCUUGGGGGACACAACUGGGUCUGUAAGCUACCACCAACAUGUAAUCUCCGUAUUAGGAAUUAUUUUCCUGAAUAUUGGUUGCUUAGUUUAGUGUAAUGUAGUUGGUCGGGCAGCUCCUGCCUGUGUGGGAAAACAAAUUGGCAAGUAAAUUGUAAAACAAUGAGAGAGAGCAAAGGAAACACCUCUUCCCGAUACUUUCUUCCUCUAGCUUUAUCAGUCUAAACGCUGUCCGAGACAGUCUAGAUAAAUUACCUAAGAAUGGAAAGCUUUUUAACAUUUUCUGAAGGCUUCCUCAAAUUUAUAUCUAUUACCAUCCAGGAUUCCACUCCUGACUCUCAAAGAAUCAGUAAAUGGUGAUGAUUUCUUUUUUGCCAAAAUACAAAACUGGAGCUCUGGAAAAGACCAAAUCUACUGGGUGUUUUUUCUAUGGCUAGAGGGGCCGAGGUAUAAAGGGAGGUCUGGGGAGGUCCACACGGAAGAAACGGCAAUCAUUUAAGAUGGUAACACAUUAUCAUAACCAAGUAGCCUCCAAAAGUAGGGAAACAGCAAAGUUAUAACAAAGCCAUCAGAGUACCCACUAAAGUUCUGAACUUGAAAGGCUGUAUUUGACUUCAUGGAAGCCUACCCUCCCUACUUCUCAGAGGUAUAGGGAUUAUAAAGCAAUAAAUGAAUAUGAAAGCCCUUGAAAAAAAUUCUAAAUCACUAUAAAAAUUGUUGUAGCAACAUUAUUUUGAUUAUUGCCACUGUUCUUAGAAUAUACUCAUGACAAAUGAAAAAAUACUCUAAAUAAAUUUUUGUCUGUAUUGCACCCCCAGUAUACUUCAAGGAAACAAAUGUAU